GUGAUGCUGCCUUGUUGACAACAUAAACGGUGCAGAUUAGAGACGAUUAGAGACGUUUUUCCCGGUCACGUCUCUGGUCAUGGACCAGUACCACACGGUUCAGCAUAGUCGCAUUGUCUAGUUGAAAAGAAAUGUCCCAGAAUCGCACCAAUAGCCAACCGACGUUAAACCCCAUCGAAGAAGGAGCACCAAUAGCCAACCGACGUUAAACCCCAUCGAAGAAGAAGAAGAAGAAGGAGCACCAAUAGCCAACCGACGUUAAACCCCAUCGAAGAAGAAGGAGCACCAAUAGCCAACCGACGUUAAACCCCAUCGAAGAAGAAGAAGAAUAAGGAGCACCAAUAGCCAACCGCCGUUCAACCCCGUAGAAGAAAACGAAGAAGAAGGAGCACCAAUAGCCAACCGCCGUUCAACCCCAUAGAAGAAGACGAAGAAGAAGGAGCACCAAUAGCCAGAGACCCAAACGGGAAGUGAUCUUUAACCAGGAUGCACGGGACAACGUGAAUGUCAACUAGUGUUUUAUAAACUGAAUUUAACCGUCAUAAUGAAGAAAUCGUCUACCUCUUUUGCAUUUUAGUAAUUGUAGCUCCAUAUUGCAUAAUAUAGCGUCUGUAACUAAACUAUUUAUUUGUUCAACGUCGAAAUUUAGAGGCAUAUAGUAACAAUGUUGCCGGCUAAUAGGUUGUGGUUGUCUGAAGCAGCUCUUGGAAUGUUGCAAAGCCUUCGAUAUUACUGCCAGGAGACACCCAGAAAGCUCCGAAUAUGCGAGGCAAUCUCAAAUUUAGAAGUGGGAACAAAAAUCAAAGUGCAGGGCUGGGUUCGCUCUGUGAGACCCCAGAAGGAGAAUCUGUUCCUCCAUGUGAAUGACGGGAGCUCCCUUCAGUCUCUACAGGUAGUGGCCAGCUCAGAGCUCAACCACAGACUGCUGACGUUUGGGAGUGCUGUGGAGAUCUCAGGAAGCCUGGUCACGAGUCCCAGCCGCAAGCAGGACGUGGAACUGCAGGCUGACCAGAUAGAUGUGGUUGGAGAAUGUAACCCUGUGGACUUCCCCUUUAAGAUCAAGGAGAAACAUGGUCUGGAAUACAUCCGUCAGUUUCCUCACCUGAGGUGUAAAACCAACGUCUUCAGCUCCCUGCUGAGAAUACGCAGCGAAGCCACCACUGCUAUACAGCAAUAUUUCAAGGAGAAGGGUUUUAUUCAGGUCCACACCCCAGUCCUUACCUCUAAUGACUGUGAAGGGGCAGGAGAGCUCUUCCAGGUUGAGCCUGCAGGUCAGGAUAAGAACCAGGAUGAGGAAGGGCACCAACACUUCUUCUCUGUCCCAGCGUACCUGACUGUCUCUGGGCAGCUGCAUCUGGAGGUCAUGGCUGGGGCGUUUCCUGGAGUGUACACUUUUGGACCAACGUUCCGGGCAGAGAACUCUCAGAGCAGACGUCACCUGGCUGAGUUCUACAUGGUGGAGGCAGAGAUCUCCUUCACACAGUCACUCGAGGAUCUAAUGAAGGUGAUGGAAGACUUGUUCAGGUCUACAACAGAACAUCUCCUAUCUCAGUGUCCUGAAGAUGUGGCUUUAUACCACAAACACGUGUCACCUGGAUACAGGGACUAUGUGGAUCUAAUGAUGAAGAAGAGUUUUAAUGUGAUAACCUACACAGAAGCCAUAAACAUCCUCAACAGCAGCUCCAAGAAAUUUGCUUUCAAAACAGAUUGGGGCUCUGACUUGCAGACAGAGCAUGAGAAGUACCUGGUGAAACAUUGUGGCGAUGUUCCUCUCUUCGUCACUGAUUAUCCCUAUGCCCUGAAGCCCUUCUACACACGAGACAACCAGGACCAGCCUCUACACACUGCAGCAGCAGUAGACCUAUUAGUCCCCGGAGUAGGAGAGAUGUGUGGAGGUUCUCUGAGAGAGGAGAGACUGGACCUACUGAAGACACGUCUAGCACAGGCUGGUUUGGAUGAGACAUACAGAUGGUAAGAGCAUUUUAAUUCAAUACGUGUUCAAAUUGUGUAACUAUGUUUGCUUGUAAUGAAGUACUUUAUUUUCUA